AAUCGUUUGAGGUUCAAGGUUCACUUACGGUCGUCUGAAGUCGAUAAAAAUAUUUCGUGUUUAACAACUAUGAUUUUAAGUAGUAUAAUAUUCCAGCAUGAACUGCCGUAAAGCUUCUAUUCUGUGCUUGUUUUUCACUUGCGUAUUUUUUGUAACUAUAUAUGUGAUAUACUUUAAUCAUGGUCCCCCAGAGAAGAUUUUAUCGGCCAACUCAAAGACCAACGAGUACCUACAGCGGGUGUUAGAAGGCGACGGGGACGAAGAGGUGUUGAAAUCGGCUCGGGCUUGGAAUUCCUUCAUCGAGGCUCAUCAUUAUGUGUCCAUCGGGGAUAUUUAUGACAGUUGUGAGGAAGAUGGCAGAAAGUGGCUCGGUAAAACUGUACUUUUACCCGAUAAAGAGAGAGGAGGGGUGACAUCCAAGACGUUUUUAAAUGUAACAUUUGAGGAAACUUUAGCAGACGGCGAAUUUUUCCUGAGCGUUAGUUAUGGCGGUAAAGAUCUGUACGAGAACCAAUGGAAGUUUUGUGAAAUGGAAGAAGAAGAUGAAGAAGACCGAUGGAUAUUCUGCCCUUACAAGCCCGGAAGCUAUUCUUGGGUCAUAUCUAGAAAAAUACCUAACUAUUUACCAAAGGGCACGUACAAAGCUACAGCAAGGUUAACCAAUGAAAACGAGGACGUGAUUUUGUGUGGGUUUGCGGAAUUUGUUUUGUAGAUCUGACGGUGCCAAAUUGUUUGAUAUUGCUUUCCUAUGUUGUAUUGUUAAAGCGUGGUAAGAUUUGCAUAAAAGAGACAUUAAAUAUUUUUUAUUUUGCAAGAUUGAAAUAUUGAAUUAUUUCAAUGUUAAACUUAUAUCAUAUGCAUAUGCAUGUAUGUAUAUUAAAUUCCUGUUAAAAAACUGAGAGAUAGAGUGGAUUUGGUAUUUUAUAUUCGUGUAUUAUGUGAACUUUUGUAUUCCCAAUAUCUCAAAUUAUAAUACUAAGUACUGCAGUAUUAGAAAAUAAAGUUUUAAUUUCAUUAAAAUUUGUGGAUUUGAAAUGAUUUAUUCAUUUUUUUCUUUACAUACUUAACUUAUGACCACAAUAAUGAUCUGACCUAUAUUGUGGACAUAGCUAUAAUCAUUUAGUAUAGAAUUAAAUAAAUUAAAUGAUCGAGACUAAUAAUAUUUUUUUUUAUAUUAUAACUACAAACAUGUUAAUAUUUU